AUGGAAACAAUAUCCAAAAGAUUUAAAGAACUUGAUGUUGGUGGCAAGUUUACUCUGAAGACUAAACUUUGGGAAAUUGCAUACCCUGAUCAGCAUUUGAUGUGUCCUCCUCCAGCAAAGGUUAACACAAAGGGGGCACCAAAGAAAGCUAUGAGCAGAAACCCAAGGUCAACAAAGCGCGAUCCAUCUUACUGGGAGUAUGUAGGUGCCUUUGAAUCUAUGCAAAAUAGCAAUUUUUCGGUGAGGCGUACUGCAUCAUCCUCUGAGCAACUGAAUCGAACAACGAUGAUGCCCAUGUUGGACCAGUUUCAUCCAUGUAUGCACGACUUCAUUGAUAAGAUUGUUGAUGUCAAAGCUGAUGGUAACUUUGGAUAUCGAUCGGUUGCCGGUUUAUUAGGUAUGGGUCAAGACUCUUGGUCGGUGGUCUGCAACCAUCUGCUUAAAGAACUUGCCAAAUUCUCAAAAGAUUAUAUCAAGCUCUUUGGUGGCACGGAGAGAUUUGAGGAAUUAAGGAUGUGA